CGCGCCCGCUCCCGUGUCGCCGCCGUGCCCGCGAGCGGGAGCCGGAGUCGCCGCCGCCCGAGCGCAGCAGAGCGCACGCCAAGCCCGUCCGUCGCCGCCAUGGCCACCACGGUGACUUGCACCCGCUUCACCGACGAGUACCAGCUCUACGAGGAUAUUGGCAAGGGGGCUUUCUCUGUGGUCCGACGCUGUGUCAAGCUCUGCACCGGCCAUGAGUAUGCAGCCAAGAUCAUCAACACCAAGAAACUAUCCGCCAGAGAUCACCAGAAGCUGGAGAGAGAGGCUCGAAUCUGCCGUCUUCUGAAGCAUUCCAACAUCGUGCGUCUCCACGACAGCAUCUCCGAGGAAGGCUUCCACUACCUGGUCUUCGAUCUGGUCACUGGUGGGGAGCUCUUUGAGGACAUCGUGGCGAGAGAGUACUACAGUGAGGCCGACGCCAGUCACUGCAUCCAGCAGAUCCUGGAGGCGGUUCUCCAUUGCCACCAAAUGGGGGUUGUCCACAGGGACCUCAAGCCCGAGAACCUGCUCCUGGCCAGCAAGUGCAAAGGGGCCGCAGUGAAGCUGGCAGACUUCGGCCUGGCUAUCGAGGUGCAGGGGGACCAGCAGGCGUGGUUUGGGUUCGCUGGCACGCCAGGCUACCUGUCCCCAGAGGUGCUGCGCAAGGAGGCGUACGGCAAGCCGGUGGACAUCUGGGCGUGCGGGGUGAUCCUGUACAUCCUGCUCGUGGGCUACCCACCCUUCUGGGACGAGGACCAGCACAAGCUGUACCAGCAGAUCAAGGCCGGGGCCUACGAUUUCCCGUCCCCGGAGUGGGACACGGUCACUCCUGAAGCCAAGAACCUCAUCAACCAGAUGCUGACCAUCAACCCUGCCAAGCGCAUCGCGGCGCACGAGGCGCUGAAGCACCCGUGGGUCUGCCAACGCUCCACUGUGGCCUCCAUGAUGCACAGGCAGGAGACCGUGGAGUGCCUGAAAAAGUUCAAUGCCCGGCGGAAGCUCAAGGGCGCGAUCCUCACCACCAUGCUGGCCACGCGGAAUUUCUCAGCAGCCAAGAGUUUACUCAACAAGAAAGCAGACGGAGUCAAGCCCCAGACGAACAGCACCAAAAACAGUGCAGCUGCCACCAGCCCCAAGGGGACGCUUCCUCCAGCUGCCCUGGAGUCAUCUGACAGCACCCACACCACCAUAGAGGACGAAGACACAAAAGCCCCCAGGGUCCCUGACAUCUUGAGCUCUGUGAGGAGGGGCUCGGGGACCCCAGAAGGCGAGGGCCCCCCGCCCUGCCCGUCUCCGGCUCCCAUAAGCCCCCUGCCCACCCCAUCCCCCAGAAUCUGUGACAUCCUGAGCUCCGUGAGGAGGGGCUCGGGGACCCCGGAAGCCGAGGGCCCCCCGCCCACCCCAUCCCUCAGGAUCUCUGACAUCCUGAACACGGUGAGGAGGGGUUCGGGGACCCCAGAAGCCCAGGGCCCCCCACCCUGCCCGCCUCCGGCUCUCCCAGGCUCCCCACCCACCCUGUCGCGGAAGCAGGAGAUCAUCAAGAUCACGGAGCAGCUCAUCGAGGCCGUCAACAACGGUGACUUUGAGGCCUAUGCGAAAAUCUGCGACCCAGGCCUGACCUCGUUUGAGCCCGAAGCCCUGGGCAACCUGGUUGAAGGGAUGGACUUCCACAGAUUCUACUUCGAGAACUUGCUCGCCAAGAACAGCAAGCCGAUCCACACGACGAUCCUGAACCCGCACGUGCACGUCAUCGGCGAGGACGCCGCGUGCAUCGCCUACAUCCGCCUCACGCAGUACAUCGACGGGCAGGGCCGACCCCGCACCAGCCAGUCCGAGGAGACCCGCGUGUGGCACCGCCGCGACGGCAAGUGGCAGAACGUGCACUUCCACUGCUCGGGGGCGCCCGUGGCCCCGCUGCAGUGAAGAGCUGCUGCGGCUGCUUUCACGGGACAGACUCGGUGUUUGGAGCCCAGCUGCCCUCGGGCGCACGGCCUGCCUGUCGCAUGUUUGUGUCUGCCUCGUUCCUCCCCUGGUGCCUGUGUCUGCAGAAAACCAAGACCAGAUGUGAUUUCUUUUUAAAAACAAGACGACAGCCGCACACACAAAAUUGAUGUCGGAUGAAACGGAAAAAAAAACGAAACAAGGGAAAAAGCUGUAAAAAGCCCUGGCGUUUGUGGGGCUUCGAACCUUCUGGCCGCUCCCCGCCCAAGCUCCACGUGUCCGUCUGCUCCUGGCUUCCUCCAGGGACCGGCCGGGGCAGUGAACUUGUCCGCAGGGGCCUGCCACCCAAGGAACGGUGUUUGCUAGGUGGCGCCCACCCCCACGCGUCUGCAUCCUCCCUGCUGCGCAUGGCUCCUUGUCAGGAGUGUCAGAUGUCGUCUGGGGAGGGGCUGGGGGGGCUGAGCAUGGCUGUUCUCCCUCCUGCUUCCCUUCCCAUCUCUCCUCCCCGAGAAGGCGCAGGUGCGAGCUCCCGGUGUCCCUGGCAUGGGUGAGCA